CCCUCCCACAGAUGCGCAGAUGCACAUGCAUAUACCCAUAAAAUUGCAUUUGCUUAAUAUGUCAGCAUCCUUGUCAAAGACAAAAUAUUAUUUUGUCUCCUAUCUCCCUCUGCAAUUCGUUAAAUUUUAUAGAAGAGGCCUCUCUUUUUCAGAGCCUUUCUUUGAUUUCAAUUGCAAAUUUCUUAAUAGCCAUUUUUAUUUUGCUAGGUUUUUUGAUUCAAACAUGGUGGAGAUACCAGUGGAAGUGGAGACACCUGAUCAGCACUAUUACCAUCUUGCUUUCUUCACUACAAGAAAGGUAAAAGCCAUGGAAGAACUCACUUGGGUAAGUAGGAUAUAUUUCAUUGGAUUAUCCUUUAUGUAUAAAUGUGCCUUUUGUAGUUCUAGGGAGUUACAGAUGUCUAUUGUUAGAUAGGUAAUGUAUAUUUGACUGUGUGAAAUGAUUAAUGGGAAAAACACUUGCUUCAUGUUGGAUAACCGAAGGAGCAAGAAAAUGUUCAAUUUGGAAUUGUGAAAAUGUGGCAAUGCCAAUAAUAUUGGUGGAUGUUUUUAAUCUAGACCACAUUUUACUGAAA